AUGACAACGAUGUUCGUCCAACUGCGCCGUGUGGUGUACCUGUUGGUACUUCUGCAGUGCUGUGCGUGUGUGGCAUAUGCGGAAAGUGUUACGGAUCCCAUCACGCAUGAAGAAAGUGAUCCUUCAUUGUUUCUUAAAGAUAUGAUUGAGAAGAUGAAAACGGAGAGAGGUCUAAUUAACGAUGAUCUUCAUUCUUUAAGAACCAUGGAAAAUAAAUGCAGUGAAGCUUUGAAUCGUGCUAAGAAUGCAACAACUAAGGCGAAUGAAGUUAGAAAGCUUAUGGAGACCUUAUUGAAAGAAAUACGUAACCCUGAAACCCGGAGUGAAAAGGAAAGUGAAGCAAAAGAGUUGUUAAGGAAGGCAGUAGAUGCACAAAGAGAGGCCACUGAUGCCGCUGGCAAGGCGAAGUCGAUAGCUGCAACAACAGCGGGUUUGGUAAGUACAUUGCAGGAUCGUACAAUGGAAUUGCACAGCCUGGCAGAAUUCCUUAAGAACAUUGUUGACAAACACAUUAACGCAGGUGGAAGGAAGGAAUUGGUUGAAGAGUACCAGAAAGAAGCGGAUAAAGUACUUUCUUCCCUUAACGAUGACGUUAUGGACUUUAAAAGUGUCAACAAGGUUGCGGAGGAAGCCAAGAAACAGGCGGAAGUUGCCUCCUUUGAAGCAAAAAAUGUUCAAGCAUUUAUUGAUGAAAUUUUCCAAAAGUACCCAGAGAUAAAAGAAGAGGUGGAACGAGAAAGUAAAGAGGCGACUCAAACAAGCAACAAUUCGACGAAUACAGGAAGUGAAGGUAAUAAGACGCCAAACGAAAAUAAGGAGGUGGAAGGUUUACAUCCAAAUAAACAGAAUGAAGAAAAUACAAGAAACCAGAAUACCAAUACCGCACAAACUGAGACGGGAAGCCAUACAACUGCCCAACAGCAGCAGAAUGAACAGAACUCUGAGGGGCAAAAUAAUAAGGAAAGCAAAGAUGAGACACAACACAAAAAUCAGAAUCCUCAGAGCAAUCCUCCAACUGACAGUAACUCAUCUGCUACUGGAACUUCGCAAUCACAAAAUAUACCAACUAAUUCCUCUACUGCUAGUGAGACUCCGCAAUCACAAAAUAUGCCAACUAAUUCUCCUUCUUCAGCUUCAAUCCAUUUGAAUAUUACACAGUUAAGUGACAGCAGCAGCAGUCCUGCAUUGGUGCACAGUCCCUUAUUGCUGCUUCUUGUUCUGAUGUGUGUGCUGGGCUGCACUGUCGUCUGCUGA